AUGUUUCGUCCAAAUCGUAACGGCGCAGGAUUGUACGACAAAAAUGGCAUUGACCUAAAGGAUGUCCCACUAAAAGAGAUAUCUGUUCACGCAGAGAUGCACGACCUGGUUGCUGAUGUUACCUGCAAACUCGUCUACAAAAAUGACUCCAAGGAUUUGGUUGAGACACAGUUUGUCUUUCCGAUUGACGCGAACGCCGCUAUUUACCAUUUCGAGGCAGAGAUUUGCAAAACGCGUCUUGUGGCAAAGUGUCGAGAACGGCUUGAGGUAAGCUUUUUGAAUAAAGUACUAUAA